GGCAUGUAGCUGUUUGUUUUUUUUUCACACUGCAGUAGCUUGAUAAGCUGCAGCUACUAGCUCUCCUUUAACGAGAUGUGUGUGGUGUAUUGUAAACGUUUCGGACAGAGAUAUGGGACAGCCUUUUAUUAAGGAUCACUAGAAAGGUUGCAGUCAUGGGCCCUGACGCUGAAUCUGUCCCUAAAACAUCAUCUUCAGAUGAAGGCCCGGGAGUAAUCGUCGUCAAGGUGAUCUCAGACUCAGAUUCGGACGAUGCAUCGUGCACCGCCGAGAACUCCAAGCAGUCGGAGAGCAACCCGGCGGACAAGUGUCACCCCUGCUCCGUCUGCGGGAAGGUGUUCGACAGGCCGUCCAAGCUGGAGCGACACAAACCGGUCCACACGAGGGAGCCCAAGACCGUUCAUCAGUGUGAGCACUGCGAGAAGAGUUUCACGCAGCAGGAGAAGCUGAUCCGACACCAGAGCUGCCACAAUCGGACUAACAAACACCCGUGUCCCGACUGCGGGAAAGUGUUUAACAGGCCUUCCAAGUUAGAGAGGCAUAAGCGCACGCACUCCAAGAAACCCAAGGUGCCUCAUCAGUGUUCGUUCUGCAUGAAGACGUUCAGUAAACUUAACAAACUGGUGCGUCACAAGCGGAUGCACACGGGAGAGAAGCCUUUCACCUGCUCGGUCUGCGGGAAAGGGUUCUCCGAGUCCGGGCACUGCAAAGCGCACGAGAAGACGCACCAGGAGCAGCCGGAGAAACCCCACCGCUGCGCCGACUGCGGGAUGUGUUUCUUCAAGGCGUCGGAGCUGCGUCGGCACUUCCGCUCGCACACGGGGGAGAAGCCGUUCAGAUGCAGCCUGUGCGAGAGCCGCUUCUCCCGCUCGGAGGGACUCAAGAGACACAUGAGGAGCCACACGGGGGAGCGGCCGUACAAGUGCAUCGUCUGCGAGAAGGGGUUUUACUCGCGUCACGACAUGAACAUUCACGGGCUGACCCACUCGGGGGAGAAACCGCACCUCUGCCCCGUGUGCGGGAAGGGCUUCUCGCAGCUCGGCAACAUGAAAGAGCACGAGCAGAACGUCCACAUCAAGUCGGAGAAGUACAUCUGCAACCUGUGCGGGGCGACGUUCACUCGGUACAAGUCUCUGACCAAACACCAGCGGACGCACACGGGAGAAAGACCCUACCUGUGCCUCACAUGCGGCCGCAGGUUUUCAUGGAGCCACUCUCUGAGCAGGCACCGCAGGUCGCACGCACACAGGCAGAUGUCGAUGGACACGGCCAAAGACACGUCGAGUUUUGAAGCGCCCUCUGAGAAUCAAGCAGCCGUUGAAGAAGUGAAAUCUUAAUAAAAGUUUGAGCUGAAAUGUACCAAUUUGUGUGACAUUAAAAUGUUGUUUUGAGGCUUUUUUUUUUACAUUUCUAUUUGUUGCUUGUUUUUUUAAUUCAUCCACUAAUUAUCAGAGAUUCUCAGUCAGCUGGCAACGAGCCUCUUGUUGUCUGAUAAAUAUUUGUUGAUCAAAAAGGAAAAAGCUUUUUGUGACAGAAGUGUUUCAAUUGCUGAAAUAUCACAGACUUUGUAAUUGUUUCUAAAAAUGGUUACUAACCAAAAGUGCUGUCACAACCAAAGCAGAGUUGACCCUUCAGAAGCCCCAAAACUGCAACCAGAUUUUCUAAAAUGAAAUAUUCACCCCGCCUCUGCAGCUGUAAGAUUAAAAGAGGAGUCAGUAGCAUUGUGUGCUCAUCGCCACAUUCGCUGCAGGAAGUAUUGUGUACGUUUACUUCCUGUACCAACACUGCAAGCUACUGUAUGCUAGCACAAGCUAACCACUGAUGUUUGGCAGCAGCAGCAGUGUUAAUGCGAACUGUUUUAUCCUUCUCAGCUUUUUUUUUACAAUCAUUGCAUUUUUCAUGAUGUGAACAUUAACAUGAACAGUAUGCUGUGCAGAAAUGUAAUUAACAGAUUUUUCUUUGUGAUACUUUAUACAAACAUGGGAGCCUACGAUCAAUAAAUAAGUACAUCACAUGUCGGAGAAGCCCGCUGCAGGAUUACAAUAUGGCAUUAAACUUUGAGAGACAUAAUCAAGCAGAGUGCUGACAUUUAUUUUAAGUUGUGCUGUUCUGGAUUUAAAUUGAACGUCGAGCUACACGCUUAAGGUCUGUCUUUGAUUGUAAUGAUAUUAAAGCCACCAAUAAACUGUCCUCACACAGCA